GUUAUUUUUCUAGUACCAUCAGGUAAAAUCGUCUCCAAUACAGAACAGUCAAAGAUUUAAAAAAAACGCAGAUUUAUAAAAGUAAUUUAUAAUAGAUUACGCAACACCCUGAACGCCGGCUAGUCUGAAAGUUUCUUGCGCCCGCGCAUCGCGUCUUUGGAAAAGUGCUUUUGUUCAGUUUCAUGAAAAAUAAUAAUAUGUGACCGAAUAUUUUACACGGCUUUAUUUUAAAUAGUUUAUCAAAUGCUUAAAACUAUUUUAUGUGAUUGUUAAUAAAUUAAUUGGUAUUAGUUUGGAAAUCGAGAGGGGCAGCUUGGGCUAUUUGUACCGAUUUAUAAUUAGAAAAGAAAAUGGGUAAAGGCAGUGAAAAUGGUGUUUCGGAAGUUUUCGAGGUACACAAAUCGGAGGAGCUCGGGCGGUACCUCGUGGCAGCGAGAGACCUGACUCCUGGAGAAGUGAUCGUCACCGAACUGCCCCUGGUCUUCGGCCCUAAAGCGAUGAUAGACCCUGAAGCCUCCAUGCCCUGUGUGGGGUGUUAUAAACCUGUGUUUACCGAUAUUGGAGAGAGAUGUUCAAGAUGCGGCUGGCCAGUGUGCUCUGGUAAUUGUCCAGGACUCAAAGAUCCAAGGCACCAUGGACUUGAAUGUGACAUCCUGAGUGCUCGACCAGAAUGUGUUCUGGACAAUAUGGCUGAGUAUUACAGACAUGAUGCAUUGCUGCCUCUACGUUGCGUCCUUCUUCAAAACACAAACCCGGAGAAAUGGAGGCAACUGUUAGAAUUGCAGUCGCAUAUGGAGUACCGAAUACCUGGAUCAGACUUAUAUGACGAAGCAGAUGAAUUUAUCGUUGAGUACUUGAUCAACAGUUUCAUAAGUAAACUUGAAGACAGCAUUAAAAAGAAAUACUUCAAGGAAAUUUCUAAGGAAUUGCUACAUAGAAUGUGUGGAAUAAUUGACACUAAUGCAUUAGAGAUAAGACUGCCUGGUGGUUCUGAACUCAAUGCUUUGUAUGCUACCACUUGUCUGCUAGAGCACAGUUGUAUACCGAACACGAAACAUGUCUUUGGUCUCUUCACGAAGGACAAAAGUGAAUUGUAUAGAAUAACCCUUAAAGUUGUUGUUCCCAUAAUGAAGGGACAUCAUAUAGCUACCAUGUAUAGCCAUGCUCUAUGGGGAACCCAAGCUAGAAGACAACAUUUAAAAGAUACAAAGUACUUUACAUGUAAAUGUCAAAGAUGCAGCGAUCCUACUGAACUAGGUACUUAUUUAAGUGCAAUGAAGUGUUUCGGGGACGAUAAAGGAUCUUGUGAUGGCAUACAUCUACCUGAAGAUCCCUUGGAUGAAGAAACUGAUUGGGCUUGCAGCAAAUGUACAGUUAAAGUUAAUAACUCCCAAAUAAAUAUGCUCAUUUCACAAAUGGGAGAGGAGGUUGAAAAUGUUCAAAUGAUGGGUGGGUCUGUAACCAUGUUAGAAAAUCUUCUAUGCAGGUUAUCAACUUUUUUACACCCGAACCAUUAUCAUUUGUAUUCUAUAAAACAUUCACUUGUCCAGCUGUAUGGUAGACAACCUAGUUACAUGUCUGGGGAAAUUUUGGAUAAGAAAAUCAAAAUGUGUAAAGAUUUGAUUGCAAUUACAACAACUUUAGACCCUGGAAACGCUAGGUUAAGUCUGUAUAGUGCUGUUCUACAACAUGAAUUACAUUCAGCAUUACUUUUGUUAUCUAAAAAGGCUAAAAGUGACGGAUCUAUAAAAACUAUUGAUGAAAUAAUCCCGUUGCUGAGUGAAGCUAAACUUUCCCUAGAUAAAGCUCUAGCAUCUCUAAAAGAUGAUAUCGAAGAGACUUCAGGAAAAAAAUUGUACGAAGUUAUUGAAAGCAGCAAAAAGGAAUUUGAUAAGUAUUGCAAAGAAAAGAAAAUAAACAUUUAAAACAAAUUUAAUCACUUUGUAAUAAAUAAUUGCUUAGUUUACUAUAAAUAACAAACGUUACAUAAUAAAAAUUAUAUCUUAAUAUCACAGUAAUUGCAUCAUUUGGAAAUAAAUAAUAACUUACACCUAAGUCUUAUAAAUCUAGUGUUAUUUGGUACGUCCAGAUAAUUUUACAGUAAUUAAAUUGUUGCAAUGUAAUAAA